AUGAGUCGGGCCCUCGCCUUGUGCCUGCUGACCGCAGCCUGCAGCGUGGCGCCCACGCUGGGGCGCGUCAGCCGCGUGCUGGGGGGUGAGCCGGUGGACAUCUCGCAGGUCCCAUGGCAGGUCUCCGUGGAGUUCAUAGAGGCGCACAAAUGCGGCGGCUCCAUUGUCAGCCCUAGAUUUGUCAUGUCGACUGCGUGGUGCAUCGUAGGCGCCGCCGAACCAAUCUAUUACGUGCUGCGGGUGGGUACGUCAACGCGCGAGAGUGGCGGCGCCACGUACACCGCUUCCGAUAUGUUUUGGCACGAGGAUUUCGACUAUGUUACGACAGACAGAGACAUUGGUUUCUUCGAGAUCUCAGGUUCCAUCUCGUUUGAUGACAACAUUCAGGUAUUCCGUCCAGCAAUAUUUAAAAUUUAG